CAGUUGAAGUCACUCUCACGAUAAGAUUCUGAACACUCGGCACAAGCUUUUAGCAGUCAUGGAUGUUAAACAAAUCAGAUCAGUGUUAUUAUGCGUUACUUGCAUAUUCCUCAUGCCAGGAAAUGCAAUUGAAUUUAGUACUGACGUUUUAUAUGAAAUAUUUUCUAGAAGAAUGGAUGAUGUUAUGCUUGAACAUAAACUACUUAGGCUCGAGUUUGACGAGGCAGUGCGCAAUAUGGGAAAUCAGGCUGACAGGAUAACGAAUAUAGAAGAUGCCACCAACAAGAUUGAAAAGCAGGCUGACAAAAUGGCCAAUUUCGAAGAAGCUAUCGCCAAGAUUGAAGAACAAGCUAUCAAAAUAUCCAGUGUAGAAGAAACCGCCAAACGAAUGGAAAAGCAGGCUGACAAAACGGCCAGUUUCGAAGAAGCCAUCAACAAGAUUGAAGAACAAGCUGUCAAAAUAUCCAGUUUAGAAGAAACCACAAAGACGUUGGAAAUGAAGGCUGACAAAAUAUCCAAUUUAGAGGCAGCCCUCAACAAGUUUGAGGAACAAGGUGACAAAAUAGCAAACUUAGAAGAAUCAACCGAACGGAUAGAAAAGCAGACUGAAAGGAUAACGAGUUUGGAAGAAGCCAUCAACAAGAUUAAAGAACAAGCUGACAAAAUUGUGCAUUUAGAAGAAGUCACAAAAAAGAUGGAAAAGCAGGUUGACAGAAUUACGAAAUUAGAGGACUGCGUUAAGAAGAUCGAAAACAAGAAUAAGGAAGUAACGUAUAUUGAAAAUGCGGUGCAACAUCUUAACAACAAAAUAGAAGAACUAAAAAAUAAUACUUUGAACAAUGAAAAAGCUAUUUCUAAUGUGACACGUCUAGUAACGGAAAAUGACAUGAAAGCCAUUAAGGCAUCGGAAUCGUCUAUAAAUGCGAUAAAAGACAACGUUACGAAGCAGUCUGUUGCGGUUCGGAAGUUUGUAUCCGCAGAGAAAAUGUUUUUACGUGAAAUAAAAAAGUCGCUUCACAAGAAAUUUUCAAAUUUUACAAACGAGGUGACAUUGCGACUGUCAACAUUGAAUGCGUCAGUAGAAUCGCAAGUUUCCUCAUUCAAAACAAUUUUAAACGUUUCUGAAAAAACUGUAAGUGUUGCUCUGAAUGACUACUCUAUUUAUAUGAAUGAUACUUUUUCAAACUUUAAUCAAGAAAUUUUAACGUUUGUCAACGAAACUGAGCGCAAACUUGAAACGCUUCAAGAUGAAAUUGACAAAAAAUCCACCCAUCACAAUAAAACAUUGAACAAAGCUGAUAGAGAAAUUCAGCAGCUGAAAACAAGAACUGAGAACGUGGAAACAGGACAAGAAACGCUUAAAGAGACAACGGCCAUUCACACGAAGACUUUGAAUACAAAUAAUGGUACCAUUCAGCAGCUGAAAGCAAGAAUUGGGAACGUUCAAUCAAGACAAGAAACGCUUCAAGAGAAAGUAGAUGAAAUAUCGAUCCAUCACACGAACACUUUGAAAACAACUAAUGGUGAAAUUCAGCAACUAGAAACAAGAAUGAUGAACGUUGAAACAAGGCAAGGAAAAAGAGCGGCUUUCACAGUAGAUGGUGCCUCUAGACAAAGUAAUGGAAUAUUAAAAUUCUCGACAGUGCGCCUGAACGAAGGAUCCGUCUAUGAUACAACAACAGGAAAGUUCACGAGUCCGUAUGCAGGAAUAUAUGGUUUUACAGCGAGUAUCAUUGAACUUGGUAUUGGUGAUAAUCGCAUAGAUUGUCGCGUUAGGAAGAAUGGUUACGGUUACGUCGUUAUUUAUUCUUGGCGGGGUAAAAUAGACGGUAGGCGUGCAACAGCCGGCUUGGGAACAGCUACAGCAGCAGUUACACUACAUCUAGUGAAAGGUGACAGUGUAGAUGUCUGGUGCUCCAGUCGCACUGGAACUGCCCUUUCCUGGUCGUCAUUUACUGGCUUUCUUAUCAAUCCAGAUCCAUAAGCUUAUCAUAUUAUCAUAUAAAUUUAUACAUAGAAACACAAUAACUGCAUGUAGAGGGAUUACAAUUAGUGUUAUUAUUAUAUGGGGUUCAUAUUUAAUAAUUCCAGUAAAGUUUCAUCUUAAACUUGAAUAAGAAAGCACGUAGCUAUUUGAUUCAUAUUAAUGGUAAUUCAAAUUAUAUUUCAUUGAAAUAAUAAGCUCCUUACAAAACAUGCAGUCCAACAUUUUAUAUUCUAAACUCUUUGUUUAAAAUCAUUUUCAUGAAUUUAUAUAAGUUUAUUAAAAGAAACGGAUGUAAAACACGGGAAGUAACUCUUGUUCGAAAAAUGGACGUGUAAUAACCUGUAGAGUCGCAAAAUGAAUGUUUUUGAAAAUAUCUACAAAUUUUUCAGGAAAAAAUUAUAUUAAAAACGUUCGGGACUUGCUGCUUAAAUGAGACUGGAUUUGUUCAACUUGAAUUUAUUUCUGGUUUCAAAUACAUAUAAUCUAAAACAUUUCAAUCUAAAAUUGAUAUGCCUUCCAAGUGGAAAACUGCAAAAUAUGUGAAUGAAUUAAAAAAAAACACUUUCAAUGAAAAUAAAUUCUUCUUUUGUUUGUAUAUGAUCUGAAGUCGCGUUUCGCCUUACAUUGUAAAGCACGUUAGGAUUUUAUAGGCUCUGAUAUUAAACUUGUGAUCGCAUUUUUUCCAGAUGAGAAUAUUAUUCAGUUUUGUUUUAAUUUGUUGUUUAAAUUCAUAUUGUGUGCAAAUGUGAAUUAACGUGACGUGCAUUACGUCAAAACUUUAACUGCAAAAGUGAUGUAAAUAUUGAAAUUGAAUGACAACAGUAAGGGAAGAUAUGGCAGCGGACAUACUUUUUUGAAAGCGACAAACUACCAAGCGAAUAGAUAACCCAUUUCGUAUUUCGUGUUGUAUAAAAAGAAAUGGUUAUUACAGUCGAUUGCUAUCAAGUAAUAAUAAUCAUCAUCAUCAUCAUCUUCAAUAAUACUGAUAUGUUCCGUAACAUUUACUUUGUUUUGCUAGCUAUAACAUAAUUAUACAAACAUGAGUCAUGAAUUCAUCUGUUGAAUAUAGAGCACACUUUUUGUUCAACCCUUCUCAUUUAAAUCAUUCGUCGCAAAAAAUUCUUCCCUUGUGUAUUUAGCAACCUAUAUGAACCUUACGAAAUGUAAUGGCUACAAGAUCUGUUUUGGUAGUGAACAAGAUUGCACCAGUCAACCAAGAGUGAUAUCCAUUGAACCAGUCAGAAUAUUUGAAUUGUUAUUGUUCUUUGUUGUUGUUUUUUCCCCGUUUUCUGCUUUUACUUUUUCAAUAAUGUGGGGUUUAUUUUCCUCUCUAUUAUCUUUUUUUUUUAUUAUUUUAGAAUUGAUGUUCAAUGUCUGAUAUGCCUUAUUCCAAUCAAGACAUAAAAUCUGUUAUUUUAUUUAGUUCACUCUGACAUUAACGGACAGAUUUCUAAUUUUGGUAAAACUUGUGGUCCAGCUUUUUUGUAUUAACACACUAUUGCAAAUUUACCUAAUAUAUUUAUAUAUUGAUGUACAGUAGUAUUAUAUUAUGUCUUGCUGUUUCGCUGUUGUAUAUAUAUCUGUAUAUUCAUGUCUUGAUGAACUUUUACUGUAAAUACGACCUGUUUGAUAUUAACAUUAAAUAUAAUCAAACUAAAAACAUACUAGUAAACAUUUUUAGGAAACAUGCCUUUAGAAUUCUUUCAACUAACUUUACCGGAAUCCAUAUUAAGAAAAAACAAAACAAAGAUUAUUAAUGGGCCAAACUUUCAUACUUUAACUAACCAGUGUUUACUUUCUAAAUGAUAAACUGAUAAAAACAGAGAAACUCAGAAUAUUUUAUAUACUAUUAUUUCAUUUUAUAUAAAAAUGCCAUCAAACGUAAAUGCUAUUCUAACUCUACCAUCUGUAUUCCUACUCUACCAUCUGUAUUCUGACUCUAUCAUCUGUAUUCCUACUUUACCAUCUCUAUUCCUACUCUACCACCUGUACUCUUACUCUACCGUCUGUACUCCUACCCUACCAUCUGUAUUCAAAACCUACAGUCUGUAUUCUUACUCUACCAUCUCUUUUCUUACUCUACCGUCUCUAUUUCUACCCUACCAUCUCUAUUCCUGCUCUACCAUCUGUAUUCCUACCCUACCAUCUGUAUUUCUACAGUGAAAUCUGUAUUCCUACGCUACCAUCUGCAUUCUUACUCUACCAUCUGUAUUUUUUCUUUACCAUCUUUAUUCAUACUCUACCACCUGUAUUCCUACUCUAUCAUCUGUACUCUUACUCUACCGUCUGUAUUCCUACCCUACCAUCUGUAUUCCAAACCUACAGCCUGUAUUCUUACUCUACCAUCUCUAUUCCUACUCUACCGUCUCUAUUUCUACCUACCAUCUCUAUUCCUGCUCUACUAUCUGUAUUCCUACCUUACCAUCUGUAUUUCUACUAUGCAGUCUGUAUUCCUACUCUACCAUCUGCAUUCUUACUCUACCAUCUGCAUUUUUUCUUUACCAUCUCUAUUUCUACUCUACCGUCUGUAUUCCUACUCUAUCAUCUGUAUUCCAACCCUACCUUCUGUAUUCUUACUUUACCAUCUCUAUUCCUGCUCUACCGUCUGUAUUCCUACUCCACCGUCAGUAUUCCAACCCCUACAUCUGUAUUCUUACUUUACCAUCUCUAUUCCUACUCUACCGUCCGUAUUCCUACUCUACCAUCUGUAUUCCUACCCUACCAUCUGUAUUCCUACCCUUCAAUCUGUAAACUUACCCUACCAUCUGUAUUCCAACUCUGCCGUCUGUAUUCUUACUCUACCAUCUGUAUUCGUACCCUAUCGUCUGUAUUUCUACUCUACAAUCUGUAUUCCUAUACUACCAUCUGUAUUCCUACUCUAACAUCUGUAUUCCUACCCAACCACCUGUAUUCUUACUCUACCAUCUGUAUUCCUACCCUAACAUCUGUAUACAUACUCUACCGUCUGUAUUCCUACCCUACCAUCUGUAUACUUACUCUACCAUCUGUAUUCCAACUUUACCGUCUGUAUUCCUUCUCUACCAUCUGUAUUCCUACUCUACUAUCUGAGCCGCGCCAUGAGAAAACCAACAGUGGGUUAGCCACCAGCAUGGAUCCAGACCAGCCUGCGCAUCUGCGCAGUCUGGUCAUGAUCAAUGCUGUUCGCUGACAGUUACUCUAAUUGCAAUAGACUUUGAAAGCGAACAGCAUGGAUCCUGAUCAGACUGCACAGAUGCACAGGCUGGUCUGGAUCCAUGCUGGUCGCAAAGUCACUAUGUCAGUUUUCUCAUGUCACGGCUCAUCUGUAUUCUUACUCUACCAUCUGUAUUCCUAUCCUACCAUCUGUAUUCCUACCCUACCAUCUGUAUUCCUACUCUACCGUCUGUAUUCCUACCCAACCGUCUGUAUUCUUACUUUACCAUCUGUAUUCCAACCCUACCAUCUGUAUUCUUACUUUACCAUCUCUAUUCCUGCUCUAUCGUCUGUAUUCCUACUCCACCAUCAGUAUUCUUACUCUAACGUUACCAUCUGUAUUCUUACUUUACCAUCUCUAUUCCUACUCUACCGUCCGUAUUCCUACCUUACCAUCUUUAUUCCUACUCUACCAUCUGUAUUCCUACCCUACAAUCUGUAUUUCUACUCUUACAUCUGUAUUCUUACUCUGCCAUCUGUAUUCUUACUCUACCAUCUCUAUUCCUACUCUACCGUCUGUAUUCUUACCCUACCAUGUGUAUUCCAACUCUACCAUCUGUAUCCCUACCCUAUCAUUUGUAUUCUUACUCUACCAUCUGUAUUGAAUUUAAGAUGAAAACAGAAGUAUUUGCGAGUGUUUUGUAUAUAAUUAUGAACAAAAUGGAGCUUGGUUCUUUACUCAGUCAGACACUUUAAAGUAUUUUAAGAGCCUCCUGUCUCAAUAAUGUUUGUACAAAGCCAUUCAAAUCUAGUAAAGCUUAUAUUUCCUGAUAAUAUAUAUAUGAUUAUAUUGGAAAUGUUGAUUGCUUUUUGUUGUAUUUGAGCAAAUAUACUGUGUAUCGUAAA